GGCGGUUAGUGGUGAGAGCGCUAUUAUAUAUAAAUAGAGAAUUCAAAGAGAGGCAGAGACGUGUUUUAUCUUCCUUAAUUUUCUCUCUUUUUUUUCUCUUUCCACCAAUUCAGAUCUGAGAGAGAGAAAUUGUGUUUUGAAGAAGAAGGAGAAGAAAGGGUCAUUCAAUAGAAUUUUGGUUCCAAUGUCGGUGGUAUCGCCAUUAGCAAAAUAUAAGCUGGUGUUUUUGGGAGAUCAAUCUGUGGGCAAAACCAGCAUAAUUACUCGCUUUAUGUACGAUAAAUUCGACACCACUUAUCAGGCUACCAUUGGUAUUGAUUUUUUAUCAAAGACAAUGUACCUUGAAGAUCGAACAGUUCGCCUGCAGCUCUGGGAUACUGCUGGUCAAGAAAGAUUUAGAAGUCUUAUUCCAAGCUAUAUUAGAGAUUCUUCUGUUGCUGUAAUUGUAUAUGAUGUUGCCAACCGCCAAUCAUUUCUGAACACUUCAAAAUGGAUCGAAGAAGUACGCACUGAACGAGGCAGUGAUGUCAUUAUUGUUCUUGUUGGGAACAAAACUGAUCUUGUUGAGAAAAGGCAAGUUUCCACAGAAGAGGGAGAUGCUAAAUCUCGUGAAGUUGGAGUAAUGUAUGUAGAAACCAGUGCUAAAGCUGGAUUCAAUAUCAAGCCUCUGUUCCGAAAGAUUGCUGCAGCCUUACCGGGAAUGGAAACACUUUCAUCCACAAAACAGGAAGAUAUGGUUGACGUUAAUUUGAAGCCUACAACAAAAACAUCCCAAUCAGAGCAGCAAGGUGGAGGUUGUGCAUGUUAGAUUUGUACUUGAAGAGGAGGAAGAGUAAGACAGAAGUUUGAAACACACAAAGACACAGUUGCAUCCAGUUAUUAGGGUGUUCACAAUUAGCAAAUUUCUUAGUUUAUGAGGUUUGCAACAUGGAUUUUUCUUCAUGAUGUGCAACAAUAUGUUAGACUUCAUCAAGGAGGUAGCUGAUUACAGGCUUCUACAAAACUUGUUGUGUUUAUAUGUGAUGGUUCCUAACUAGUUCAGAAACCAUUUAUACCGGAUCAAUCUCCUAGUUGAAUAUAUAAUGAGAUGCCAUACGUAUUUCAC